AUGACUACAUCUUCCAAGAAUACAAUUCCAACAGCAUCACAUGAACACACUACUGCUCGACCAUUUAAUUCUCGUAUCGUUCAAAACUUCGUCCUUAUAUGGUUACAUUCUCACAUCGACGAAUUGAAUAGCAAUGAUUUUCGUAAUUCAAUUGUUGAACUACAACGAGUUGUCAAUAGCAUCAAUACAUUUACCGAUAUUGAUCAAUGUAUCGAUUUUCUUACCGACAUCAAAGAAGAAAAAAUUCUGAUGAUUAUUUCAGAUGAACUUGGUCAAAAGUUUGUGCCUCUCGUGCACGAUAUAGCUCAAAUUAAUUCCAUUUAUAUCUUUUGUAAAAAUAAAACACAACAUAAACAAUGGACGCAGCAAUGGCCCAAAGUGAAGGAUAUAUUCUCUGCGAUUCCACCCAUCUGCCAAGCACUCAAAGCAGAUGCAUAAAAAUGUGACCAAGAUUUAGUUUCGAUCAGCUUUGUGUCAACAAAUAAUGGAAAUUUAAAUCAAGAUUUGGGUCAACUGGAUCCAACAUUUAUGUAUACACAGAUACUAAAAGAAAUUUUAUUGACAAUUAACUUUAAUGAGCAACAUAUUAAAGACUUUACCACCUACUAUCGCGAAAACUUUGCUGCUAAUGCUGUUCAAUUGAACAAUAUUGACAAAUUCGAAAGAGAUUAUGGUAAUCAUUGGCCCAUCUGGUGGUAUACUCACGAAUGCUGUCUUUACUCAGUGCUCAACCGAGCUUUACGCCUGAUGGAAAUAGAUACUAUUAUCAAAAUGGGCUUCUUCAUUCAUGAUCUUCAUCAUCAAAUCGUACAACUACACUCGGAACAAUUUAGUAAGCACCGUCAAUUGGAACCAUUUACUAUCUUUCGAGGUCAAGGCAUACCUAAGGCAGAGUUUGACAAAUUGUUGAAAACACAAGGUGGAUUGAUCUCAUUUAACAAUUUUUUGUCUACGAGCAAAGAUUUAAGUGUAGCUCACGGCUUCGCUAGUAGUUCUCUUGCUAAUCCAGCCUCAGUGGG